GGGAGCUGUGUGUCUGGGGCCCUGUCAGCCAGGCUCUGGCUGCUGUGGCUGUGGCCUCUUGAGGAGGCUUGCGUUACCACUUUCCACCCCCAUGCCUGCCCACUCCUGUCACUUGGCUCACAGGCUAAUGAACCCAGACAGACAGCCCAGGAAGUUGUUCAUCCCAGUCAGAGCCAUGGAACUGAGAGGAGGAGAAUGAAAGUACUCCCUCAACGGAAGCAAGGUCUGGGUGCUUAACUAAUAUUUUUACUAGGUCUCCUGAAAACAGGACAGCUGUGCUGGCAGGAGAAAGCUUUUAUUCUGAGAAGAGUUUGGCUCUUGUCCUUGGAAGGGUUGAGGCAAGGCUGGGUUCUACAGCAGUCAGAAUGUGGAGGGUUUCAAAUUCUGCCACACUGAUAAUCAUGGACACAAUCAAUAGGGCUGAGAUUUGGGAGAUGAUCCUAGGUCCCUGGAGAGGAACAGAAGGGGCUGAAAGGGUCUGGGACCAGGGAGACCACAGUAGAAGCAAACCAAUGGUAGAGGCUAGAAUCCCCCUUGAACAGGAGCCAGCUAAGGAAGGGGGUAGGCUUACGAGGUUUGGCAAACUGGUUAAAGGAGAGUGCUCCCAUUCUCCAGCACCCUCUCUAGAGUGCUGGCUUCCCUUAAUGAAAAAGAAAUGGAUACUCCAAGUGGGGGCCUGGCUCCUAGGAUAAGCCCUGUGCUCAGUGAGUGCUGUAAGGCCAUGGGCAGCUGGAAUAGGCAGCCUAGCUACCCUCCCCUCCUGACCCCUGGUAGGCAGGCCCUGCUAUCAAGAGGAAGACCAAGACUAAUGGGUCAUCCUCAUGUCUUCAGGAUCCAACCCAGACAAGCACAGUGCCCAAGAUGUAGCAGGAGCUCAAAAAAAUGUAUAUGUCCACACUUACACACAUGUGUAAACCCAGGCCAUUUAGCCAUCUCCCUUUGGCCCAUGGGAAUGUGCCCAUAAGUUGUUUUAUCCGCCAGGACACUGAUUGCUCUGUCAUUAACUUUAUGGGGUCAUCUGAGGUUUUGCUUUAGAACAGCUUUGGUCAAAUUCCUAUUUUUCUAAACUUGGAGUUAGUAAGAAAAAAGUAUCAAUGAUUUAAAUCAGGAGAUCAAAUUCUGAUGUAGCUUUUGGAUUACAAAAAUGAAAGUAUUUAUAAUUAUAUAUGUAGUGAGAUUCUCAAGGUGUGAGAAAUUCUGAAAGGUGUUAUAUUAUCUGAGGUGUCUAAAGAGGUCAGAUGUAAACAUAUUUCUUAAAUCCCAUGCUCCCUGCAGCACUGAAUGUGGGGAGGGACAGGGAAAGCAAAUGUGUUUUCCACAUGCCAGGCACCUUACAGACAUUAUAUCAGUUAAUUCCCAUUCCCAUACCAAAGCCUACAGGAGGCAUUGUCAUCAUAACCUCAUUCAGCAGACAAGAAUGUCAAUGCUCCAAGAAUUGUGUGUCUUUCUCAAGGCCCAGAGCUAAAGGAUGAUAAAGCCAGGAGCCUACCUCCACUCCUCCCUGAUUUUACUCUCAACAUGAGCAUCAUUCCGUCCCAGACUGCUAUGCCAGCCAGAUAUCCUUCUGGAAGGAAAAGGAAGAGCUUGCUUAUUCUUUCCAGUCCUCUACUUGAUCUCUGGGUGAACCCAGCCUUCGUGGGCAAUGUCCGCUUGCCACCACGGCUGGAACUCUGACCCACAGCCCCCUCAGCAAUGCAGCAGGCAGGACUGGAAGCUAGGUUAUGCAAGCUCUGGCAAUCCAGGUAAGCCAAGAAGAUAGGGGGAAGGAGAUAGGGCUCUGCUAAGGCUUCACAGCCCAGAACCCCUCUGGGAACUCCCACAUGGCCCUCAGGUACUCUGUUCUGUGGCCAUCUUCUGUCCUAGGUCUGGCAAUCCUGCCACUGGGGUGGGACUCCACCUCCCUGUGCACCCAAGGAGUGGGGCGGGUCCAUGCACAGAGUGCAGCCCUCAUGAGUAACUUUAAAAGAGGAAUCUAUUGCUGACUCUUCCUUGGCAGUCCAAACUCCCUCUCCCAAUUGUGCACUCCCCUGCAAAGCAAACCUUCUGCCCCAUGGCCCAAGGAUGGUGGAAGGGCAGAGGUUGCCUCUGCCAAACUCUACUGAACCCCCAUCGCUGUCAAAGUUGGGCCUUCCUCUGGGUUUCUGCAGUCCUUGGUGACUUCCUGUCUCACAGCACUCAACAUGUGGGACUGUUGGCAACAUCUCCCACCUACUAUAAGUGCCUAGACAACAAGAACUGGGCCUUAUUCAACCUAGCACCACUGUUAGUAGCCUGUUUAGCAUUCCAUAUUCAUUCAGCAAACAUUCCCUGUACAUCUACUGAGUACAAGGCACUUUUCAAGGCACUAGGAUAUAGAGAUGAACAAACAAAUGCCUCAGGCCCUAUUCUCCCAGAGCUCACAUUCCAUAUGAGUCAGGCAAUAAGCAUGUCAACUACCUAAUGCCCAGGAUGGCAAAUACUUUGAAGCAAUAUAAAGCAGGUUAGGGGGCUAGAAAGCAGAUAGGAGUUUAUUUAGAAAGAGUAGUCAGGGAAGGCUUCUCAGAGGAGGUAACAGACUGAGACUAGACUACAAAAAGGGUGAGCACCAUGCAACUAUCUGGAGGAAGAGCAUCCCAAGCAGAAAGAGAAGACAGUUCAAAGACUCUCAGGUCCCGGAAGAAGGCUGUGGCCCCUGAAGCAAGCCCAGAGAGAAGCUGUUCCUUCCACAGCUGCCCCCUUGAAGACCCUUCCAGUUCUUCAGGUCCCCCACCAACAACUUCCACCCUCCAGCCUGUGGGCACAUCCAGCCCCUUGGCCCCUGCCCACUUCACCUAUCCCCGGGCACCACAGGAAUACAGGGGGGACAGUUCCCUGCCAGGACUUGGGGACCGGGCAGCUCUCUGCUCCCAUGGCUCCAGCCUCAGCCCUUCCCCAGCCCCCUCACAACGUGAUGGGGCCUGGAAGCCACCAUCUGUGCAGCACCAUGUGGUCAGCGUCAGGCAGGAACAGACCUUCCAGAUGCCAAAGAGCUAUUCCCAGCUGAUUGCUGAGUGGCCGGUGGCUGUGCUACUGCUGUGUCUGGCUGUCAUUCUCCUCUGCACUCUGGCUGGACUGUUGGGGACCCAGCUGCCUGACUUCUCCAAGCCCUUGCUGGGCUUUGAGCCUCGAGAUACAGACAUUGGGCGCAAGCUAGUGGUCUGGAGAGCACUGCAAGCCCUCACGGGCCCCAGGAAGCUGCUUUCCCUUUCCCCAGACCUUGAGCCAAACAGCUCAAAUCCUCACACCACUCUGAGCCCCACACCCUGGAGCAGUGCCCAGGAGAGCAUGGUCUGGCCUCGGAGGAUGGUGGAGUCUCUGGAAGAUGGAGGAAAGGAGAGCUUCUUCUGUGGCCCCCCUGAGAAGAGUUAUGCACAGCUGGUGUUCAUGUCCACCUCAGCGGGCAGCCUGUGGAACCUGCAUGCCAUCCAUUCCAUGUGUCGCAUGGAACAGGACCAGAUCCGCUCCCACACCCACUUUGGGGCUCUGUGCCAGCGUACAGCUGCCAACGAGUGUUGCCCUAGCUGGUCCCUGGGCAACUAUGUGGCCGUGCUCUCCAACCGCUCCUCUUGCCUGGACACUACUCAAGCAGAUGCAGCCCGCAUCCUGGCCCUGCUGCGAGUCUGUGCCCUCCACUACCACCGUGGUGCCCUGAUGCCCUCUUGUCUGGGACCUGGGAAGAAUAAGCCCCCAAACUGUGCCCAGGUCCCCACCAAGUGCUCCCAAAACAGUGCGGUCUACCAACUCCUGCACUUUCUGCUGGACAGAGACUUUCUGAGUCCCCAGACUGCUGACUACCAGGUACCCUCCCUCAAGUACAGCCUGCUCUUUCUGCCCACCCCAAAGAGUGCCUCCUUAAUGGGCAUCUACCUGGACCGCCUAGCCACCCCCUGGGAGCUCUCUGACAACUACACAUCCAUCACUGGCAUGGACCUGGGCCUCAAGCAAGAACUGCUGAGGCACUACCUGGCCCAGGAUACGGUAUACCCCUUGUUGGCCCUGGCUGCCAUCUUCCUCAGCAUUGCCCUCUAUCUGCGCUCCCUCUUCCUGACGUUCAUGGUGCUGCUUGGGGUGCUGGGCUCCCUGCUGGUUGCCUUCUUUCUUUACCAAGUGGCCUUCCGCAUGGCCUACUUCCCUUUCAUCAAUCUGGCGGCCCUCGUCCUGCUCAGCAGCGUCUGUGUCAACCAUACCCUCAUCUUCUUCGACCUAUGGCGCCUCAGCAAGAGCCAGCUGCCCUCUGGGGGGCUGGCACAGCGUGUGGGCCGCACCAUGCACCACUUUGGCUACCUGCUGCUGGUCUCAGGCCUCACUACGGGCGUGGCCUUCUAUGCCAGCUACCUGAGCCGCCUCCCGGCUGUGCGCUGCUUCGCCCUCUACAUGGGCACUGCUGUGCUGACGCACCUGGCGCUCACGCUGGCCUGGUUGCCCUCCUCCGCUGUGCUCCACGAGCGCUACCUGGCGCGCGUCUGUGCGUCCCGGGCGCAGGGCCCGUGGGACGGUAGCGCCCCCCGGCGGCUAGCGCUGGCGCUGCACCGGCGGCUCCGCGGUCUUCGGAGGGCUGUGGCCAGUACCUCGCGUCUGCUCUUCCAGCGCCUACUGCCCUGUGGCGUCAUCAAGUUCCGCUACAUCUGGAUCUGCUGGUUCGCUGCGCUGGCGGCAGGGGGCGCCUACAUCGCCGGCGUCAGCCCGCGCCUGCGGCUGCCCACUCUGCCCCCACCCCGCGGCCAGGUCUUCCGGCCUAGCCACCCCUUCGAGCGCUUCGACGCAGAGUACCGGCAGCAGUUCCUGUUUGAGCGUCUGCCUGAGGGUGACGGCGGCCACAUGCCUGUGGUUUUGGUGUGGGGCAUCCUGCCUGUAGACACUGGCGACCCCCUGGACCCCCGCAGCAACAGCUCACUGGUGAGAGAUCCUGCCUUCUCGGCCAGCGGUCCUGACGCCCAGCGCUGGCUCUUGGCACUCUGCCAUGGGGCUCGGAAUCAGAGCUUCUUUGGAACCCACCCAGAGGGCUGGCCCACUCUGUGCUUCGUGGAGGCCCUCCAGCGCUGGAUGCAGAGCCCCAGUUGCGCCCACCUGGGGCCUGGCCUCUGCUGUGGUCAUUCAGACUUCCCCUGGGCACCCCAGCUUUUCCUGCACUGCCUCAAGAUGAUGGCUGUAGAGCAAGGCCCCCAUAGCACCAGUGACCUGGGACCCCGGUUCAACACCCAGGGCAGCCUUGUGGCACUGGUCCUGCAGUUCCAGACCAACUUCCAGUACAGUUCAGACUACAGCCAGGUCCACCACUUCUACACUGAGGUCAGCCACUGGCUGGCAGCAGAACUGGGCAGAGCACCUCCUGGCCUCCGCCACGGUUGGUUCACUAGCCGCCUGGACCUAUACAGCCUGCAGUGCAGCCUGAGCACUGAGCCUGCUGUGGUGUUGGCGCUGGCUCUGGCACUGGCCUUUGCCACACUGCUGCUAGGAACCUGGAAUGUUCCACUUAGCCUGUUCUCUGUGGCAGCUGUGGCAGGCACCGUACUGCUCACUGUGGGGCUCCUGGUUCUGCUCGAGUGGCAGCUCAACACUGCCGAGGUCCUCUUUCUCUCUGCCUCUGUGGGCCUCUCUGUAGACUUCACUGUCAACUACUGCAUCUCCUAUCACCUGUGCCCACACCCUGACCGCCUGAGCCGCGUGGCCUUCUCGCUUCGCCAGACCAGCUGCGCCACCGCAGUGGGGGCUGCUGCCCUGUUUGCAGCCGGUGUGCUCAUGCUGCCUGCCACAGUGCUGCUCUAUCGCAAGCUAGGCAUCGUCCUCAUGAUGGUCAAGUGCGUCAGCUGUGGCUUUGCAAGCUUCUUCUUCCAAUCUCUGUGCUGUUUCUUUGGACCAGAGAAGAACUGUGGACAGAUCCUCUGGCCUUGUGCCCACCUGCCAUGGGACACUGGAACUGGAGGGCCUGGUGAGGAGAAGGCAGGCUGCCCACGACCACGGCCAGUGGGAGGAGCUCCUGUGUCCUGCUCAGAACAAUACGAGCUACAGCCCCUGGCCCGGCGCCGGAGCCCCAGCUUUGACACCAGCACUGCCACCAGCAAGCUGUCCCACCGGCCUUCCGUGCUCUCUGAAGACCUACAGCUGCACGAUGGCCCCUGCUACCCCCGGUCCCCAUUGGCCCCUGCCUCCCCAAGAGAGCUGUUUCUGGACCACCAGGCAGUCUUCAGCCAGUGCCCAGCCCUGCAGACCUCCUCCCCCUACAAGCACACCGGCCCCAGCCCCAACACCAGGGCUAGGCAGGACUCUCAAGGGCAGAAGGCCAAGCCCGGGCAGGCCUCACCCAAAGCCACAGACCACUCCCCCAAGCCCGAGGCUGUGGAGCCUCCUGAUUGCCUCUGCUCCUCAGCCAGUACCCUGGAGGGGCUCAGUGUCUCUGAUGAGACCUGCCUAAGUACCUCUGAACCCAGUGCCCGUGUACCAGACUCCGUGGGUACCUCCCCAGAGGACCUGGACAAAACUGAGCAAACAAUACCUGAGCGUGGCCAGCUGAAUGGGAAGCGGGACACCCUGUGGCUGGCACUGAGGGAGACCGUGUACGAUCCAUCACUGCCCGCCUCCCACCAGAGCAGCUUGUCCUGGAAGGGCCGUGGGGGGCCAGGGGAUGGCAGCCCUGUGGUGCUGCCCAACAGCCAGCCAGAUCUGCCAGACGUUUGGCUGCGCAGGCCCAGCACCCACACUUCAGGCUACAGUAGCUGAGGGAGGCCCCGAGAAGCCAGACCAGACACAGAGUCUGUCAGGGAUGACAAGGCAGGGGCAGCACCAGACUGGAGCCUGAUGGUGCUUCCCCAUAUCAGCACGGAGCAGUCUCACCCUCCAGUUGUGGAUUUGAAAUGCUGCUAGAUGUUCCCGUCCUGGUCUGAGCUGCUUCUUACUCCCCUUAUCUGGAGGAUCCAGUGGGGAGGAUCUUUGGCUGGAAACACGAAGCCCUCCUUGUGACCUGCUGAGGGCUCAUUUGCCCCCACAGCUCCAACCAGGACCCACCCUCUGUAAGGGGGAAGGCCAGAUAUGUAGCUCCAGGUAU